GAGUAAGAAGAAGCAUGAAGAGAAUGUUUAUUUAUUUCGGAAUGGACGCACUUUGGACUUUUGGCCAACGACUAAACCUGCACACUUCUGCACUGUAUAGUACACGAGUAUAAAAUAUAUCCAGUGGAACAUGUUGUUUUUGUCUACAGUGAUUUCCUGCGUUGAUUCGAGUCUAAACUUCGCCUAUUUUCAGAUUUCAUUUUUAGGGAGUUUUUUUUUUUGGAUUCACUUCCUUCCUGUCGCUUUGAGUUUACUUCUGGUUUUGUAUGGAGCUGAUUUAUAAAUAUGAAUAUGAUCAUCGUUUUGGCACAGAAUGGAGCAGCCACUGAUGCCUCGGGAAUCUGGCCAGUAUGUGGCAGAGAAGAGCCGGGACGUCUUUGUGGACGAGGAGGGUGUUAAGAAGGUGGCAGAGAUGCUCUACAUGCUGAGAAAUGGCGAGGAAUUCUUGCCCAGUAACUGGAAGUUGAUGAACAAUCUUGCUCCCUCUCCGGACACGGAUGAAGCCAUUAACUGGGUGUUUGUGACAGACACUAUGAACUUCUCCUUCUGGCCUGAUAGAGAGGACCAGCAGUGUGAAGUGAACCAUAGAGGAACCACAUAUCGUGGCUACAUGUCUUUGUGUGCAGCUGUUACCAGGGCAAUGGACGAGGGUGUGCCUAUAACUGACCCUGCCUACUUCUCCCAGAUGAGUGAGGCUGACCUGGCACGUGUUCUUCGCUCAGAUAAUGACACACCCAUGCCCAUGCUGAAGGAGCGUCACCAGGCCCUUAACGAGGCCGGCCAUGUGCUCAUGCAGCAUGGUGGGUCUUUCCGGAGCUUCAUAAGCCACGGGGGGUAUGAUGCGGAGAAAAUGGUGCGGUAUAUUGUGGAUAACAUACCAUCCUACAGGGACGAGGCCAUCUUUCAGGGCAAGAAGAUUUCCUUCUAUAAGAGGGCUCAGAUCCUUGUGGCAGAUUACUGGGGGAUCAUGGAGGCCAGAGGUGAGGGGGACAUACGCAACCUGGACUACCUGACCAUGUUUGCUGACUACAGAGUGCCACAGGCCCUCGUCUACCUGGGGGCACUACGCUACUCAGAUGCUCUCAUGGAAGCACUGAAAAAGGGGGAGUUGUUGAGUUCAGGUGAGAGUAGAGAAGUGGAAAUUCGUGGCUGUUCAAUCUGGUGCGUGGAGAAAAUCACGAAUCAUCUGUGGAAACUUGUACAGGAGAGAGAUGGGAAGAGAUGUGACAUAAACUCAGCUCUCAUCGACUUUUAUCUGUGGCAUUAUGCUAAACACCACCAUGAAGAAAUGGCUCACAUUCCCAUUCACCACACACGUUGUGUAUAUUAUUGAAAUACAUUCCAUUUUUUUUAUUAUUAUUUUUUUUUUAAAUAUCUGAUUACUGAAUACCUGUAAGCGUUUGCUUGUAUUUAAUUGAAUAAAACUGAGGUAGAUGAAAGGA